AUGGGUAACAGAGCAUUCAAAUCACAUCACGGUCACUUUUUAAGCGCUGAAGGCGAAGCUGUAAAGACUCACCACGGUCAUCAUGAUCAUCACACCCAUUUCCACGUUGAAAACCAUGGUGGUAAAGUUGCAUUAAAGACCCAUUGCGGUAAAUACCUUUCAAUUGGUGAUCAUAAACAAGUUUACCUCUCACACCACUUACACGGUGACCACUCACUCUUCCACUUAGAACAUCAUGGCGGUAAAGUCUCAAUCAAAGGUCAUCACCACCACUACAUUUCCGCUGAUCAUCAUGGUCAUGUUUCAACCAAAGAACACCACGAUCACGACACCACCUUUGAAGAAAUUAUUAUUUAA